GCCUAAGUAGUUUGUGCUUAGCCGGUCCCAAGCCCGGAUAAAGGAGGAGGGUUGCGGUAGGUGACAACCAGCGUAAAAAUUUCGUCACACCCUAUGAUAUGGAUUCAAAUGAUAUAAACGUUGGGGCGUCCUCUACUAACGACGCACUACAUCGGAGCCCGGUGUAGUGAUAAAUAUGCAAGGGUGUAGGGCGUUCACCGAAAGCGACACGCCAUGCCGGCGCCCGGGUGUGGUGUUAAGUGAGCAAGGGUUCCCACAUCAUGGACGGGUGUGGGUAAAGAAGUUAGUCCAUAGGACAGAUAGUAAAGCAAAUAGUGGAACAGAACACAAGAUAGACAUAGAAAAUAAUAGAAGAUAUCAUAGAAGGAGACCAAUUAGGAAGGAGCAGGAUAGGAGGAGUAUCAGGGUUGGUACUUGGAAUAUUGGAUCACUUACAGGAAAAUUAAUGGAGCUUGUGGAUACCUUGGAAAGGAGAAGGGUGAAUAUUGCUUGCAUUCAGGAGACUAAAUAGGUAGGAGAGAAAAGCAAGGAAGUGGGUAAUUCAGGGUACAAACUGUGGUUUACCGGAAAGGAGAGAAACAAGAACGGAGUGGGUAUAUCAUAGACAGAACAUUGAAAGACGCAGUAGUAGCUGUGAAAAGAGUAGGAGAUAGAAUUAUACUAGUAAAGCUAGUACUAGAAGGAGAAACAAUAAAUAUAGUUAGUGCUUAUGCCCCAUAAAUAGGACUAGACAGUGAGAGUAAACAAAGGUUUUGGGAAGAUAUGGAUGAUUUAAUGCAAAGCAUACCGAAUGAAGAGAAUGUUUUCAUUGGUGGAGAUUUGAAUGGACAUGUAGGAAGUGAUAGACAAGGUUAUGAGAAUGUUCAUGGAGGUUUUGGUUUUGGCAGUCAAAAUGAGGAGGGAAAAAGCAUCCUGGAUUUUGCUAUGGCAUACGACCUAAUACUAGCAAAUACCUACUUUAUAAAAAGAGUCACAUUUAGUGACUUUCAAAAGUGGGCAACAUAGAAGCCAAAUCGACUUCCUCUUAACCAGGAAGACAAAUAGAGCUCUAUGCAAGGAUUGCAAGGUCAUUCCAGGAGAGGCUUUAACAAGUCAACAUAGGUUGGUGGUCUUGGAUGUCAAGUUUAGGAACAAUUCAAGUAAGGUCAGAAGAAAUAGUGUAGCUCGAACAAAGUGGUGGGAGUUUAAAGGAGUAAAGCAAGUGAAGUUCAAAAAUGAGCUUCUCGAGUCCGAAGUAUGGAAGCUAGAUAUGGAGGCCAAUGAUAUGUGGAUACAGAUGGCAUCAAAGAUUAGAGAAGUAGCUAGAAAAGUACUUGGAGAGUCUAAAGGACAUGGACCACCCUCAAAAGAGAGAUGGUGGUGGAAUGAGGAAGUACAAAAGGCAGUGAAGAGAAAAAGGAAAUGGUAUAAGAAAUUACCUAAAUGUGAUAAUAAUGAAGCAUAUGAACAGUACAAGAUAGCAAAGAAAGAGGCAAAAAAGGCAGUUAGUCAAGUAAGAGCACAGGCCUUUGAAAAGUUAUAUGAGAAACUUGGAACUAAAGAAGGGGAGAAAGAUAUUUAUAGAUUAGCAAGGAGUAGAGAAAGGAAAUGUCAAGAUCUCAAUCAAGUUAGGUGCAUUAAGGAUAAAGAAGGAAAAGUGUUGGUGAAAGAUGAGGACAUUAAAGAAAGAUGGAGAAAUUAUUUUAAUGAUCUCUUUAAUAAUAGUCAAAAUGGUAAUAGCGUGAAUAUAGAUUAUAGAACAAUAGAAAAGAAUGUAAAUUAUACUAGAAGGAUUCGAUUUUUAGAAGUAAAGGAAGCACUUAAGAGAAUGAAAGUGGGUAAAGCCUGUGGACCCGAUGAAAUACCAAUUGAAGUGUGGAAGUAUUUGGGAGAUAUGGGAGUGGCAUGGUUAACUAAAUUAUUUAAUAAGAUUCUAAACUCAAAGAAAAUGCCUGAUGAAUGGAGGAAGAGUAUUUUAGUACUUAUUUUUAAAAAUAAGGGAGACAUAUAGAGUUGCUCAAACUAUAGGGGAAUUAAACUCAUGAGCCAUACUAUGAAGUUGUGGGAGAGAGUGGUGGAGCAUCGACUACGUCAUGAUACUUCUAUCUCUCUCAAUCAAUUUGGUUUCAUGCCCGGUCUUUCAACUAUGGAAGCGAUCUUUCUUAUUAGAAGCUUGAUGGAGAAAUAUAGAGAUGUGAAGAAAGAUCUACACAUGGUUUUUAUUGAUUUGGAGAAGGCUUAUGAUAGUGUUCCAAGAGAGGUCUUAUGGAAUGUGUUAGAACAAAAGAGGGUAUCUAUUAGGUACAUACAAGUAUUGAAAGAUAUGUAUGAAGGAGCAACUACUAUUGUGCGCACAGUGGGAGGGGACACAAGAGAUUUUCCGAUCUCAAUUGGAUUACACCAAGGAUCAGCCAUAAGCCCUUACCUUUUUAUAUUAGUUUUAGAUGAACUGACGAAACAUAUACAAGAGAGUAUUCCUUGGUGCAUGAUGUUUGCGGAUGAUAUUGUUCUGAUAGAUGAGACACGAGAAGGAGUCAAUAGAAAGCUAGAACUUUGGAGAAGUACUCUAGAGUCAAAGGGUUUUAAGUUAAGUAGAACAAAGACAGAAUACAUGCAUUGCAAGUUCAGUGAAGGCAAAACUGGUGAUAGGGAGGGAGUUAGUUUGAAUGGAGUGGUACUGUUACAAAGUAAUCACUUUAAAUAUCUAGGCUCAGUCCUUCAAGUAGAUGGGGGAUGUGAGGAGGAUGUUAGUCAUAGGAUUAAAGCCGGAUGGUUGAAGUGGAGACGUGCCACGGGAGUUUUAUGUGAUCGUAAGAUUCCCAAUAAAUUGAAAGGAAAAUUUU